GUAUAGCCCAUGUAAAGCGUUUAAGGCAAUGCUGUGUGAAGUAAAUGAUUUAGCCGGCCAACACGAAGUUAUAGCUGAAAAUCUUCAAUCUGAUGUCAUCAGGGAAAUUAAUUAUUUAGUGAAGGAUAUUAAAGAAGAAAGAAAAAAGUUGCUUCAGGACAGCGCGAAAUAUGUGGCAAUGAUCAACAACCAGGUUGCGUCCCUGGAACGGUCGCGGAAAAACUACGAAAAAGCUUUUAAAGAAGCCGAAAGAGCUUUGGACAAUUUUCAGCGAGCUGACGCAGACUUGAACUUGUCCCGAGCUGAAGUGGAAAAGCAACGGAUGAACAUGGCUAUCAAGAAUCAGCACUGCGAGGAGUCAAAGACCGAUUACGCCAACCAGUUACAGAAAACCAACGAGCUUCAGAGCCAACAUUAUAAGGCGCUGAUGCCGGAAGUUUUCAGGCAGCUACAGGAACUCGACGAGAAACGAAUUCGCAACGUUCGUCAUUUCAUGGCCCAUUCAGCGGAUGUCGAACGCAACGUUUUCCCCAUCAUAAACAAGUGUUUGGACGGAAUAAUUAACGCUGCCAAUCAAAUCAACGAAAAACAAGAUACUAUAUUGGUGAUAGAAAGGUACAAGUCUGGUUUCGAACCACCUGGAGAUUUUCCGUUUGACGAUUUAAGCCGUGGUGGUGAGUCCAUGCCACUUAUUAUGCCUGGGGGUAACACUUUCGUAUCUUCAGGUAUAGGUGCCCAUAGGGCCGAAUCAAUGACUGUAAAAGGAACCAUGUCAGCUGGCAAGCUGAAAAAACGAGUUGGCCUAUUUGCCAUAUUUAGCUCCAACAAGCUAAUGGACGUAUGCAGUUCUGUCAAGAAUAAUCUUUCAUCGUCGGGUGAUAAGGAUGACUAUAGUGAAUUACCACCAAAUCAACGACGAAAAAAAAUUCUCCAAAAACUAGAUGAAAUACAGGCAAAAUUACACCAAGAAGUAGCAGCCAAAGAUGGCUUAAUGAAAAUGAAAGGAGUGUAUGAGUCAAACCCAGCACUAGGUGACCCAAUGUCUACAGAAGGUCAACUAAAUGAAUGUUCACAGCGCAUUGAUAAAUUAAAUUCUGAUAUGACUAGGUACCAAGGACUAUUACAAGAAGUUGAAUGCAAUGGUAGUCCUGCAGGAUCACGCAAAUACGAAUCGAAUACCGAACAUAAUGGUAUCGGUAAUGGUAGUACUAACAAUAUAUCCAGUCAUAAUAGGUUGAAUAUGUCCAUACCAGAUGGAAGAGCUCCUCUCGGUGAAGAUGAAUCUUUAAGUCGUUCAGCGUCUGAUUCCAGUGUUUCCAUACCUGCUGUUGGAUUAAAUAAUCGAUACCCUGGUGAAACUGUCAGUUUAGGUGCCUCACGUAAUUCUUUAGCUAAUGAUGAAGACACACCUUAUUACGAUAUUCAUGACUUGCCACCACUUGGUACAUGUACUGCUCUCUAUGCAUUUGAAGCUACAAGUGAAGGUUCAAUACCAAUGUUUGAUGGAGAGCAAUUACUCAUCAUUGAACAAGAUCAAGGAGAUGGUUGGACACGUGUUAGAAGACAGCCUCCCAAUGCUGAGGAAGGUUUUGUACCCACAUCAUACAUUUCCAUACAUUCUAGCUGAACAGAUCCUUAAGUUAGAAAUGUUUACUUUGACACCGUUUGAUAUUCAAAUCAUUUGUGUACAUAGAAAACUAAAAUCCCCUCCAUAAUUAAUUGUAGAUAAAUUACGAUAUAUUUUCUAUAUAAGGUUGUGAAAAGUGCCAAUUUAUAAUAAAAAUGAUGUAAUCGUUCUGA